GGCCCACACGCACAUUACGCAACUUACUAUUUUAAUUGAAGCCGUGUAUUGCCUGCUUACAACAGAAACCGUGUAUUGUCUGCUUACAACAGAAAAUUUAUCUCAUUCAUGCUCUGUGUAGUUCGUUAUUUGUUUCUGCAGUUCUAAUCUUUGGGGCUUCUGUUGCUGACAGAAAAUGUCCCUUCAUAUUCCUUGUUAUUUAGAUAUGAGAUAAUCCAUAAGGGCUUGAUCAUCUGUGUGGUCCUGUAGAACGUCAAGGACGGUUCUUGUAUUGCCUUGUUUAUUGAAAAAUAUGCUGGCAUUCCCUGUGUUUCAUCUAAAGAGGUUGCCAUUGACAGAAUUGUUGAGUUGAAACUCUAGCUAAGCUGAUUGAAUAGAAUUUCAAACUUUUUGAGUUAGAUGUAUUUUGUAAGUGGCACCGUAAAUGUGUGGCCUCUUGUCUGAGGGUUUUAAUAAUUUGGAAAAUCCUAACGACUAUCCCUGAACUUCGAAGCCUGACGAGGACGAACUUUUCUUUUUAAAGAUAGGUUGGCCAUAGAGAUUCGAACUAACCGGACUCGUUGACCAUUUGCCACAUACUUAUGUAGAACUCAUGGCUGCUUUCCACGCUAUCGCUCUGCAUGAAGGUGGAUUUGACACGUUCCAAGCUCUCUCUACACUCGCAACGUGUUUUGCCUUGGGGCUAUUUAUGUGGUGCUACCGUUCGGCCUCCCCACAUCGAUUUUCCGACAACGGUGCCCGCUUUUCUCGACAACGGGGUCUGCUUGCUUCUUCAAUCAACAGCCAUUAUUUCCGUCCGAUUCCCUGAGCGCGUGGAGUUUGAGACCCAGAGAGCAAAGGCGCAAACGGCGUUCCUUCGCCGUUGACGUUCAGCCCCAUCGUCGAAAUGGCCGAGCGGCAGGCAGACCAGCGGACGCAGCAGGUGGUGAAGGUGGUGACGGCCGUGACGAUUGGCGGCAGCCUCACCGUCCUUUCUGGCCUGAGCCUUGGGGGAACGGUGGUCGCCUUGACGGUGGCGACGCCGCUCCUGAUCCUUUUCAGCCCCGUUCUCGUCCCGGCUGCGAUCGCGGCGAUCCUGCUGGUCCUGGGCUUCCUCUCGUCUGGCGGUUUCGCGGCGGCCGCGGUGUCAGUGUUCGCUUGGGCUUAUAGGUACGCGACGGGGAAGAGGCCGCCGGGGGCUGAGGGGAUGGAAGCGGUACGCGGCUGCAUUGCAGGCAAGGCGCGGGAGGCGAAGGAGCGAGCUGAGCGUUUCGCUCACCACGUCCAUGGCAGGGCGCAUGAGGCCGCUUCCCACUAGGAGUGGGCAGCUGACUGGCUCCCUGUUGCUGCCAUUUUCAUGUUCUAAUGAAAGGCCUUACGCCCUGGACAUCUCUCUCUCCCUCUGUCUAUCUCAUGUCCUGAUGCAGGAAAGAACAGUAGGUUCCAUGAGCGUCAAGACUGCAUGUCUUUUCUCGGCAAGGCAUGGAGCGGUAGAAUCAUAGAAUGUGCGAUGAAGAAGCGAAUGUAUCUGGACAUGCAUUUAUUACUUUUUGUUCUGCAAUUUUGGCCCUUCUCUACUGAUUUUCUCGUUCUUA